AUGCUCGACACUCCCGACUACACAGACUCCGAGUCCAAUCCGACAGGCACAGCUAACAGCGUCGCCGGAGAUGUCCAGACAGAUGGCCGCAAGAAGCGAUGGGAGGGCAACAGCCUUCGCAAGAGCAUGCUUGGCAAGAAGCAUGACCGACUGGGAGAGAACAAGGAAGACGACUCCGUCCGUCGAUUUCGAUAUCUGCUAGGCUUGACAGACUUGUUCCGACAUUUCAUCGACACGAACCCCGACCCCAAGAUUCGCGACAUCAUGACCGAGAUUGAUCGUCAGGAUCAAGAAGAGAAAGACAAGGCCGCGGCAGGAAACAAGCGCAAGGGAGGCGCGUCCGGCGAUCGGCGGCGGCGGACCGAGAAAGAAGAAGACGCUGAACUUUUGCGCCAAGGAAAGCAGGAGGGCAAGGUUGAACACACCAUCUUCCGCGAGAGUCCGAGCUACAUCCAAGGUGGCGAGAUGAGAGAUUACCAGGUCGCUGGUCUCAAUUGGCUGAUCAGCUUACACGAAAACGGUAUCUCUGGUAUCCUUGCAGACGAGAUGGGUCUUGGCAAGACUCUCCAGACCAUCUCGUUCAUAGGCUACCUGAGAUUCUGGCAAGGCAUCACUGGUCCUCAUCUGGUCGCAGUGCCCAAAUCGACGCUCGACAACUGGAAGCGCGAGUUUGCCAAGUGGAUUCCAGAGAUCAAUGUUCUUGUACUGCAAGGUGCCAAGGAAGAGCGUCACGAGCUCAUUAACGACCGCCUGGUGGAUGAGAAGUUCGACGUCUGCAUCACGUCUUACGAGAUGAUCCUGCGCGAGAAAAGCCAUUUGAAGAAGUUCGCUUGGGAGUACAUCAUUAUUGAUGAAGCUCACCGUAUCAAGAACGAAGAGUCCUCCUUGGCACAGAUCAUCCGUAUCUUCAAUUCGCGAAACCGGUUGCUGAUCACCGGAACACCCCUUCAGAACAACCUGCAUGAGCUAUGGGCGCUUUUGAACUUCUUACUCCCGGACGUCUUCGGUGACUCGGAGGCUUUCGACUCGUGGUUCAACAAUCAAGACGCCGACCAAGACACCGUCGUACAACAGCUACAUCGUGUCCUCAGACCUUUCCUCCUGCGACGUGUAAAGAGCGAUGUUGAAAAAAGCUUGCUACCAAAGAAAGAGAUGAAUCUGUACGUUGGCAUGAGCGAAAUGCAGAUCAAGUGGUACAAAAGCAUCUUGGAGAAGGAUAUUGAUGCUGUCAAUGGAGCAGCGGGCAACAAGGAGAGCAAGACGCGUCUCCUCAAUAUUGUGAUGCAGCUUCGAAAGUGCUGCAAUCACCCAUACCUCUUCGACGGUGCUGAGCCAGGUCCUCCAUACACGACCGACGAGCAUCUGGUCUUCAACUCGGCCAAGAUGGUUAUGCUGGACAAGCUUCUGAACCGCAUGCAAGCGCAAGGUAGCCGAGUGCUGAUCUUUUCUCAAAUGUCUCGUGUUCUUGACAUUUUGGAGGACUACUCCGUCAUGCGCGGCUAUAAAUAUUGCCGUAUCGAUGGCUCUACUGCCCACGAGGACCGCAUUGCGGCGAUCGACGAUUACAACAAGGAGGGCUCCGAGAAAUUCCUCUUCCUGCUGACUACUCGUGCGGGUGGCCUGGGCAUCAAUUUGACAACUGCAGACAUUGUCGUUCUGUUUGAUUCGGAUUGGAACCCACAGGCAGAUCUGCAGGCCAUGGAUCGUGCUCAUCGCAUCGGUCAAACCAAGCAAGUGCACGUGUUCCGCUUCAUCACCGAGAAGGCCAUCGAAGAAAAGGUCUUGGAGCGUGCUGCACAGAAGUUGCGUCUCGAUCAACUCGUCAUCCAGCAAGGACGUGCACAACAACAAGCCAAGCAGGCCGCCUCGAAAGACGAACUUCUAGGCAUGAUCCAGCACGGUGCGGAGACGAUCUUCGAGAGCAAGGAUGGCUACGGCGCAUUCGGAAAGGGCGGCGACGACGAUCUUGAUGCGAUUCUGGCCGCUGGAGAAGAAAAGACCAAAGAGAUGAAUGCCAAGUACGAGAAGCUUGGUCUUGACGACCUUCAGAAGUUCAGCUCCGAGGCUGGAACAUACGAAUGGAACGGCGAGAGCUUCAUCAAUCGCAAGAAGGAGAUUGGCCUCAACUGGAUCAAUCCUUCGAAGCGUGAGCGUAAAGAGCAGUCUUACUCGAUGGACAAGUACUACCGCACAGCUCUUGCUACAGGUGGACCGAAGCCAGAUCCGAAGCCAAAGGUUCCACGCGCGCCAAAGCAGAUGUCUAUGCAUGACUACCAAUUCUUCUCUUCUCGGUUGGGCGACCUCCAGGAGAAGGAGACUGCCUACUUCCGCAAAGAGAACAAUCUCAAAGCUCCGUUGGCUGAUGGCGAUGAAGAGACCCUCGAUCAACGCCUUCAAGACCAAGAAUUGGAGCAGCAGAACAUCGACAAUGCAGAACCUCUCACCGAGGAAGAGAUUGCUGAGAAGGAGCAGCUUGCGACCGAAGGCUUUGGCGAAUGGAACAAGCGUGACUUCCAGCAAUUCAUCAACGGUAGCGCCAAGUAUGGACGCAACGACUACGAAGCCAUUGCACUCGAGGUUGAUAGCAAGAACCCGAAGGAGGUCAAGGAAUAUGCCAAGGUCUUCUGGAAGCGCUACAAGGAGAUCCACAACUGGGAGAAGCACAUUUCUGCCAUCAAGGAAGGUGAGCAGCGCGCUGCUCGUGUAAUCGAACAACGCGAGAUGCUCAAGAAGAAGCUGGCAAUGUAUCGCGUACCGCUGCAACAGCUGAAGCUCAACUACACCGUCAGCACCACAAACAAGAAGGUGUAUACCGAGGAAGAAGAUCGGUUCCUCCUUGUCAUGCUUAACAGAUAUGGCAUUGAUACGGAGGGCGUCUACGAGAAGAUUCGUGACGAGAUCCGUGAGAGCCCACUUUUCCGCUUUGACUGGUUCUUCUUAUCGCGGACGCCACAAGAGAUCAGCAGACGUUGCGCCACGCUCAUCACCACUGUCACGCGAGAGAUGGAGGGCACGAAUGGCAAGGAGAACAAGCGUGCAGCUGAUGACGACGAUGAGGAAGAAGAAGAGCCCGUCAAGAAGAAGGGUAGACCUUCUGGGAGUGGUUUGAAGGUGAGCCUGCAUAACAAGGCCGUCAAUGGUGUCAAGGGAACUCCUAAUGGCACAUCUCGUGCUGCUAGUGUCGAUACGACUGCGUCUGGAGGAGCGUCAAAGGGGAAGAGCAAGGGUCGCAAGAGAUAG